AUGGACAGAGCGGAGUAUGGAGAGAAGAAAAGACCGGAGUAUGGAGAGAAGAAAAGACCGGAGUAUGGAGAGAAGAAAAGACCGGAGUAUGGACAGAAGAAAAGACUGGAGUAUGGAGAGAAGAAAAGACCGGAGUAUGGAGAGAAGAAAAGACCAGAGUAUGGAGAGAAGAAAAGACCGGAGUAUGGAGAGAAGAAAAGACCGGAGUAUGGACAGAAGAAAAGACCGGAGUAUGGAGAGAAGAAAAGACCGGAGUAUGGACAGAAGAAAAGACCGGAGUAUGGACAGAAGAAAAGACCGGAGUAUGGACAGAGGAAAAUACCGGAGUAUGGAGAGAAGAAAAGACCGGAGUAUGGACAGAAGAAAAGACUGGAGUAUGGACAGAAGAAAAGACCGGAGUAUGGACAGAAGAAAAGACCGGAGUAUGGACAGAAGAAAAGACCGGAGUAUGGAGAGAAGAAAAGACCGGAGUAUGGAGAGAAGAAAAGACCGGAGUAUGGAGAGAAGAAAAGACCGGAGUAUGGAGAGAAGAAAAGACCGGAGUAUGGAGAGAAGAAAAGACCGGAGUAUGGACAGAAGAAAAGACCGGAGUAUGGACAGAAGAAAAGACCGGAGUAUGGACAGAGGAAAAUACCGGAGUAUGGAGAGAAGAAAAGACCGGAGUAUGGACAGAAGAAAAGACUGGAGUAUGGACAGAAGAAAAGACCGGAGUAUGGACAGAAGAAAAGACCGGAGUAUGGACAGAAGAAAAGACCGGAGUAUGGACAGAAGAAAAGACCGGAGUAUGGAGAGAAGAAAAGACCGGAGUAUGGAGAGAAGAAAAGACCGGAGUAUGGAGAGAAGAAAAGACCGGAGUAUGGACAGAGGAAAAGACCGGAGUAUGGACAUUAG